UUGAUAUGCUAUUCAUGAUUUUGAAAGUUUAUGAUAUUGUUGUGUUGUAAUUUUGUUCUAGAUAUGCUUUUAUUUGAACUAAUUUGGUAUUGAAAUGAUAAAAAACAAGGAGUUUACAACUUACAUCAUAAGGAUACACUACAAGGAUAACAACCAGAGGUAUCUGUUUGCUGAUUAGACGGACUUCAAAAUGUGCCCUAACCCAUGCGAACACCCAUGACAAGACCCCUGUUUUGACAUCGGACAUACUUUGAAAAUGUAUGUGACUUGAUAAUUUUUUCUCACUUGGAUUUAAAAAUGGGUGCGUGCUUGAGUUUGGACCAAGAAGAGCGAAAAGCUCGUGCAAGAAGUGAAGAAAUAGACCGUGCACUUCAGAUAAUGGCGAGAGAGGAGAGUCACAUUAUCAAAAUAUUGUUAUUAGGUGCUGGGGAAAGUGGAAAGAGCACUCUAGUAAAGCAGAUGAAAAUAAUCCAUAAUGAUGGAUUCACAAUGGAGGAACUGCAGAGUUUUAAGACAACUGUUUUGGACAAUCUCCUAAGUUCUAUGAAGUAUGUCCUAAAUGGGAUGGGACUUCUAAGGAUCAAUUUAGAAAACCCUAAAAAUAAGGUGCAUGCUCAAACAGUGCUGUCUUGUCAGAGGUGCUUUGAUGAAAACCAUGUCAUGCUGCCGUUCAUAUCAAAUGCAUUAAAAGGACUUUGGCGGGAUCGUGGAGUUCAGUUAGCUGUUGCAAGGGGUUAUGAAUAUGAACUGAAUGAUUCUGCAAUAUACUUUUUUGAAAACAUGGACAGGUUAAAUUCAGAUAACUAUUCUCCAACAUCCAAAGAUGUGUUGCGUGCCAGGGUGCGCACUACGGGGAUAAUUGAGACUUGUUUCAAGAUUAAUGAUGUCAUCUUCAGGUUGUUUGAUGUUGGUGGUCAGAGGUCAGAACGUCGUAAAUGGAUACAGUGCUUUGAUGAUGUUCGCGCCAUUCUUUUUGUUGUAUCAUUAAGUGGAUAUGAUAUGACACUCUAUGAAGAUCCUUCGGUGAAUCGGUUAAGGGAAAGCUUGAAGUUAUUCAGUUCAAUAUGCAACAACAGGUUCUUCUUAGAGACCUCUAUAAUUUUAUUCAUGAACAAACUUGACUUGUUUCAAGAGAAAAUACUCAACUCAGGAAGACACAUGAGGUACUACUUCCCAGAAUAUACAAUUUUCAUUUAUAUUUGCCGGAGUUGCAUAGGGUCCUCCAGUUUCAUUAGAGACAGAAGAAAAAUGGGUUGGUUUCCUUGAAUGGUUAGAUAACUGAGAGAAAAUACAUUAAGGAGACUAUUCAACAACGGACGCUAAUAGAAGAUUUCUUCCUUGUACAGAUCAUUUUGAUGUUGGAAUGCUAAAUUGGAAUACUGUCUUUCAAGGUGUUUUAGAAAAAUGGAGUUAUCAGUAUUAUGGAUAUAGAGUUGUCCAAGAUGGAUGGGAUCUAAGCUGUCCAAGUGGAUGCAUUCAUGAUGAUCACUUCCAGGCUGCUCGCUGGGAUGUGUUUGUUGUGAUUGUCUUGGUUGUGAUUGUUGUUAAAUGACCAAUGCUUUUACAUAUAUGUGUAGUGCAUUUAAAAUUACGGAUGAAAAAUGUUCAAAUUUUCAGGUAAACUGCAGAUAUAUUGGUAAAAGCCACAUACAGGGUUCACUGUACUUGUUUCUGUUGAAGUCGCUAAUUGAUAAUUUUUUGUUAAUUUAGUGUAUUUGAUUCUAUCAAAUAGAGGGGUAAGUUAUAUAUGAAAGUAACGAUUAAUGACUAAUUAAUUGGAAGUAAUGAACAGUAAAUCAGGCUUAAGAAGUGAACUCAAAGAUAAUUUUCCAAUUUUGCAUGGUUAAAAUGUUUAAAGAAUAAUACAAAUCGAUUGAUAAUUUUGCAAAUAACUUCGACCAUUGUUACACCUAUAUUGUAAUGUAAAUAUGUUUUUGUAAAAACAGCUGCUUAUUUAAAGAGAUCUAUUGUACAUAUGCUUGAAAUCCAUAAAUUUAUUAGAAGAAUAUAUUUUCACAUGCUUUGUAUGAAGUCCGGGCAUUGACUUUAAAAUGUUCUUACUAUCUUAGCAGCAUGUGAGUACAACAUAUUACAAGGUAUUUUAAAGAUGUUAACUUUUAUGGCCUUCCUUAUUAUGCAGGGUAUAUGCACCACACAGUUUGAUGCUGUUUGGGGACCAAAUCUCUCUAUAAAUCUGCAGACUUAAGUGCUGUAUGCUGCAUAUCAUACUUGACAUUUAGUUGUUGCUAUUUUACUCAAUUACAAUUUCACAUUUGUUAUUGUAUUUUUAUGCAUUUUACUAUAAGUCUUACUGAUGCAGCUUUUCUCUCCAAGUCUAUUGCAUUUUGAUUCAAGUACGCUCAGGAUUUGUAGCAAGAGUUAUGCAACUGCCAUUGAUCUUAAAAUCUCUGCCAGUGAAAUGUGAAUAUAAAUGGCCACUAUAGCAUCAUGCACUGUAUAGAUUCUUAUUCCUUUCCUGUUGCAAGUCUUUGCAUUUGAUCUUGUUUUCAGCCACUAAAACAGCCAUGGCUGUUGAAUAAAGAAAUCACAACAG